UUGAUUUUGUGGCGCCCCGCCACAGGAUUUGUCAAUGUAUGGGAAAACGUCUGUGAAAGGUUUUCUAUUCAUUGCAUGUUGGAGUCUGGGAAUAACACCUAUUUAUGUCCUUAACAUGACCAUCUAUCAUCAAAAUGAAUUUGAGGAUGGUAUAGCUUGCUUCACAAAAGCAUGCCUCUAGUGGCAAAUUGUUGCAGUUUCUUUAAAAUAUGGUUACUGUCCGUCAGUGACAGACAAAUUCUCCAUCAGACAUUGUCCCCUUCAAAUAACCUUUCAAAUAACCACAAAGACAAACACAAACAUGGUCUAAUUAACUCACUGUGAGUCUGAUGCUUUGGCUGGCCUACUCGAACAACUAGAUUUUUGUGGUUUAAAAUAGUUCAGUGUGUAACUCCUUUACUCCAGACAGAGUAAUACUUUAUUUGGUUUCAUUUGUUUGCAACAUUUUAAUGCUCUUAAAUGAAACAAAUGACAAAGUUACAUAAAUAUGAAGGUGCAUAGUGGUGCUGAAAGAAGAGUGUGGACCAUCUAGCACAGGCUAGGCUACAUGUCUACGCAUACGCAUACCACAGGGGAGGGGGAACUGGGAACUGAGGUCAUGCACUGAAAUGUCAACCCAAAGACACACUUCCAGUCGUUCGAUGGGGCAAGAAGCACGACUUCAACUCUCAAAUAUGGUACUGUCGAUAUCAGUGAAACUCUGAAACAGAAACUAAACAAUCAGGGAACUGCCAAAUAACCUCAGGAUGAUGGACGAAGGCAUAUUACGCUUUAAUGUCGAAGACAAUGGUCUAGAUGAAGUCGUCGGAGACAGUGACGACAUUACCACCUGUAUGGGUUGUGUGAGUAAGACAUCUACCUCUAUUACCAAUACGAAAAAUGGCGACUUAACAAGUCAACUAAAUAUAGAUUCAAACAUUGCAUUUUACUUUGUCGGCCGCUCUAUAACUAGACGAAAUGUCUUGUUCUUUAAUGAAGAAACUUCAAAAGUUAGAUGAACUCACUCUGAUAAUAGCGGGUCAUCAUCCUGUUUCUCAUUAGCCUGGUAUUCGUUUUUCACCACAUUUUCAUUUCAAUACAAGAUUAGCCUACUGCUGAAAAGUUGGUAAUUUUCCAUGACGAAUAUUUUUCAGUUGUUGCUUAUUUCAAAUGGCUAAAAUGCCGCUAAUCUUACAGUUGUAGGUAACUGGAUGUGGACGUGCAGUGGACCCAUGUUGAUGAUCAGCGUUCUGUCGGGGCAUGUAUUGCAAUGACAAUCCACGCAUUUUUCCUCUUGCUAUGCACAGUAGGAAUCUGCAAAGCCCAGCGUCCUUGCGAAGCAAAUCCCAGCCUUGGCAAGUUUGUUGAAGUGGGCGCAAAUUUCAGCAUUUUCUGCGUCAUUCAAGGUGGUUGCAAAAGUAUCUUUGUUCACCGCGAUACCAAUCACGAACAACGUCACCAACGAGUAAAUGCCACAACAGUAAUGCACGAGGUUCAGGGAAUAAUGGGGAAUAGCACAUAUACUUGCAAAUGUGCGGAGAAGUCUCUGGUCUGUGGCGUUGAUAUAGUUGUUGGAUACCUACCUGAGGUCCCUCAAAAUCUGACCUGUGAGCAGAACGGAGAAUUUGGAAAUGUCACUUGCACUUGGAAACCAGGAAAGGACACCGGCCUGCAGACAACAUCAGAGUUUAGUGUCAGGACUGCAUCUGACAACAGCCCUGACGUCAUCUCUGAGGAGCACUCAGCCACGUUCCAUCCCGGUUCUGAGACUCAGUUCUUUGUCAGCGUGAGGGCUUCCAACAGACUGGGACACAGUGCUGCUGGUGAAAUUAAUUUCACUCUCAGUCACAUAGUGAGACCCACACCUCCAGUUCUGGCUCAGAUAGAAUGUUCCUCCCGCCUUUGCCACCUCCACAUCACCAACGUGGGCUCCUGUCACAUGCUUGAGGUUCAACACAGAAGGAAUCAUGGGCACUGGUCUACACAGCUAUUCAAUCGCACAGAGUCAAACCACAACUGGAACAUCUCUAUCUCGUUGGAGCCCUUCGUGUUUUACCAUUUCCGUGUCAAAUUGAAGUUAAGACCACACAUGGGUUUGUGGAGCCAGUGGAGCAGUUUCAACCAGCGGACUGAGGAAGAAGCACCAAUUAAAAAGCUGGAUAUUUGGUACAUUAAAGAAUCACCCUGGAUAAUCUUACUUUGGAAGGAACUGAAUCAGACAGAAGCCAGGGGAAGAAUCCUUGGAUACACAGUAUUAGUUAAGAACACUACGACAAAGAAGACCACAUUCUGGAACGUAACAAACACAUUCACAAAUGUUACUGAUCAGCUGUGCUCUCAUUGUGUCAUCACUGUCUCAGCCUUCAACUCCAGAGGCUAUUCUCCACCUGCUAAUAUAGCCAUACUAGGUGAAAAAGCACAACUUCCUCAGAAAGUGUCCCAUGUAUCUCAGAGUGAUGGCAGCAUUGCCAUCUCCUGGCAGAAGCCUGCCACUGCAGCAGUGGGGGCAGUGACUAGCUACCUUGUGGAGUGGUGCCCUGCUGGCAGAUUGUUUAAGGAACUCAAGUGGCAAAGACUGAACAGAGAGCAACUGAGUAUCAUCAUCACAGGUCUUCAGCCACAUGAGUGUUAUAAAGUCAGAGUUUACGCUCUAUUCAAAGACGGAAGAGGAAAGGCAGAAUUUGACAUUUCUCCUCAGCCUAAGGUUCCGGAGAAAGGUCCUGAUCUUAAUCGUAUUCAGUCACUGGUCACAGUUGACAACACCAUGCUGGUGACAUGGAUGCCAAUCCCAAGACAACAGUUGAGGGGUUGCCUCACUAAGUACACCAUCUACGUUCAAGGACCAAGGACCAAAGUCCCAUAUGAUGUGUCGACAGAGCUCAUGUCUAGAAACUUCAGCGUCUCUGGUCUCACAGAUGGUCAGCAGUACAGAGUAUUUAUGACUGCUUGGACCGAAGCUGGAGAGAGUCCACCUGGAGACCCCCACUCCUUCACCGUUAAACACCAACAGAAAACUUCACCUCUGGUCUUUGGGAUCCUGGUAGCCAGCUGCAGUGUUGUGCCUUUUCUUGUGGUUCUCAUGUGCCUGUGUCAUAUCUUCUCACUUCACCAAAGAUUUCUAAGAUGCUGUCACCUCCUUCCGGACAUGGUUCCAGAUCCAGCCAACAGUAAAUGGGCCAAAGAGUGUUCAGGUGAAAAGGUAGGCAUACCAUUUAUCUCAUGUGUCAGUUACAUUUUGUUCUUUAUACCAUCAUACCAUUAUCUUACAUCAACCCCCUCCACCACCACCACCAUUUCUCCACAGGGUGAGAUGACUUUGAAACUGUACCUGAGUGACUCUAGUGUGAGCGAGGAUGAACCGGACACAGUGGAGGUGCAGGAGAUGCCCAGCGAGAGCUCGAUUCCCGGUGCACUGAUGGGCCUUGACAGCACCAGCAGCGGUCUGCAGCAGGGACAGGAUGUGUGCCUCUCCUUCAGCCUCAAGUCCCCUAGUGCCUACCUGAAGAGCUUCUCGCACGAGUCCUAUCAGACCCAAGAGUCUCAGAACACAGAGGUGACUGUGGACUACAUCUCCUCACAAGGGAUGAUGAGUGGCGAGAGAGAUGGUGAGCAGCAGCAAGAGGAAGAGGACGUGUGUACGGAUGGACCAAGGUUCCUUCCCUGUCCGCUCUUUGACCCUAAGGUUUCCAUAGGGGGCAAGCUUACUUUGGACUCUGUGAAAAUUGACUGUAGCAAUUUCUUGGAUGAACCAUGUUUUAUGCAUUGCUGAAAACAUGACAUCUAGGAAUUACUCAAAUAGCCUUAACAAACUUUAUGCCAGUGUCAAGCAAGAAAGCUACAAUACCGAUGGACAAUUGAAAUUGUUGCCAAUUUCCCUUGGACAAGCCAAUGACUUGAAGCUUUCUACAUGCAGGAUUCAAACAUUUUCACAACCAAUUAUGUUACAUUGGUUGCAUUGUGUGGACAAAGCAUGUCUGAAGGCCUGUAUACAUCAAUCUCUGUAACGUUCAUUAUUUUAGCUUCUGUCGAUACCAUGAUAAUGUUUCUCAUAUCUACAGUAGUUUACCUGGUCAUGUAAAUUUUGAUAACUAUGUUGAUGCCUAUAUGAAAACAGAAAAUCGCAGAAUCUAAAACGAAUCAGCCACUGUCUGCAAAGAUAUGUUGUGCAAAAUCUAUCUUCUACUUAGUAAAAGAAAACGUGUGAAUAAUUUGAUAGUGAGUAAACAGGCAAUGUCCCAUUAUUUUGGGGGGCUAAUUGUAAUUAUUUUGUGUCUUAACAUUGUUACAUUGUCCCAGCAACUCAGGAUUAAGUGCCUUGCUCAAGGGCACAAUGGUGGAAGCCAGGAAUUCAACCCACAACUUUUCUGGCACAAGGCACUUGUUACACGGGUCCAGAAAAAAACCCUGCUCCAACAGCAGUUCUCCCCAUAUGUGCUAGAAUCAUUCGUGGCCAAUUAUCCAUCCACUUCGAGUACACCAUGUGAAUCUGCCACAAGUAUAGGCUAACUAAAAUAGAUGUUAGAAAAAUAUCAAUGGAGUAAAAAGAAUAAUCUCUUCAAAAAAAAGAUGAAACACGAAGGUUAGGAAAGAAGAGAGGCCAUGAGAAUAUACAACCUAAACUAAGUAUUUAAUGGGCUAUAAAAGUUCUGUAUUUAAGCAGAGUGAAAACAUUUGGGGGACGUUUCGCUGGAGAGAACAGCCCUAAUUUACAAUUCAUGAAAUAUCAGCUUCAUUUCAGAAAGCCUCUCCAUAUAAACAAGUUACACUUAGCCGACGGGAUGCGGAGGCUCCGAGUUAGGUCUGUCUGGCCAGUUAGGAAGGCGCAUACAGCUCGUGUGUGGUGAACGCUAGAUACUAGGCUACAGCAAGAC